CCUGUUCCCAUCUCACACAGAAUCUAGUCUCCAUCCAUUCUCAGACAUUCAGAUUUUAGUGCCAACCCGCCCGACCCACUGAACGUAACUACGGCAGAUGAAUCUCAACGAUUUCCGUCCGGGAAUCGGGGGUAAAAUCGGGCAGAAAUCCGUGUCAUGUUUCCCAACUUUAGUUGCGAUUUGGCCCUUUAAACGGAAUGUUGUUUAAAUCCAGCAGAUGGCAGUGUGCACCUGGUUAGCAUGAGGAAAACCAGAAGAAGAACAAGUGGCAAGGUUGUGAGGCAAGCAAAUGGAGAAUGGAAAUGUUAUUUGGGAUAGUAUUAUGAUCACUAGAGAUCCUUUCUCAGGUUUCUCCAGCUGAGUUCUGUGUGCUUCGGAGGGAACAUGUUGGAAAAAGAAGCCGAUAAGGGGAAGGAGAGCGCCGGGGAGAAAGGCUUCCGGACGCCUGGGUUGAGAGGAGCACAGACCACCACACUGUUCCGUGCUGUCAAUCCUGAACUCUUCAUAAAACCAAAUAAACCAGUGAUGGUAUUUGGGCUGGUGGCCAUCACCUUGAGCGUGGGUUACCUGGGCUAUCUGCACGCCAUGAAAGAAAAUGACCAGCAGCUUUAUGAAGCGAUAGACAGCGAAGGAGAGAGACACAUGAAAAGGAAGACUUCCAAAUGGGACUGAUGGGGAUCCAUGCUGCGCUGCAUCACACAGGCAGUUUGUUGGUGCUUCCACAGGACAAACAACCAAGAAGACUUGCACACUAAUUGCAUCAUGUCCAGUCAAAUAUCUUCGUUGGCUGAUAAAAGCAUAAUAAAUGUGGAAACCACAAAAUAUUUUUCAAAGUAAUUCUAAGAAGAAGACACAUACAAUUGACUGCAGGUGUUUUUAUUAUAUGAGCUGAUAGGGAAACAUCUGUGACCUUCAUGUUAAAGACACAAGAGAACUGCUAUAUCAGAUCAAUCUGAUCUAGAAAAGGCAAAGCAAUUCAAAACUUGCAUCAACAUUGAAAUUUAACAGAAGUCAGAAAACAUGGAGAAACUAAGCAGUUUGUGUUUAAAUAAAAAUAUUCAGAGUUUG